AUCUAGCAUCUUCUCCUGAACUCAUAAAAUCAUGUCUUCUGGUACAUCCCCGAUCUUUCUGACGGCUUUGUUCGUCUACUACAUUUUCAUCGGGUCCGCUUCGAUUCUCGCAGUCAAAUUCAGCGAGGAAGGCGGAAAAGAAAAGCUCAGCUAUAAUACUGCAGUGGCAGUGUUUUUAAGGAAUAAUCUCAAGAUCAGAGAGAGUAGACAACUUGUCCCCCUUUUGAGCGGCAACAACAUCAUAUCCAGCCUAUACGCUCACUCCGUCAUAAGUGAGCCUACUUCUAUCCUAUCCUAAUAUCUCGAAGAUCUCUAAUGUUCUUUAUCGAGUUCUUCAAGCUCGUUGCAGCAAUUCUUUUCGACCGUUUAGGCUACUGCGGGAGCUCUUCGGAGAGUAAGCGGUCUACGACGCUCGCGAAUUGGGCACGAUAUGGCGGUCCUGCCUUGCUCUACGCUGUCUGCAACAAUCUCGCGUUUGUUGCUAUUACACUUUAUGGAUAGCAAUUUGCAACGAAUACGAAAGUGCUGCCUCCUACUAGCUGUCGCUUCUUUCAUCUGAUAGACAUAGACUAUCUAGAAGUAAAUCUACCUAGUGAAAGUCGCGAACAAGAGGAAACUUCAUGAAGAUUAGAUACUGAAGAUUGUCCUUCCUGAAAAAAUGAUCUACCUAGUGAAAGUCGCGAACAAGAGGAAACUUCAUGAAGAUUAGAUACUGAAGAUUGUCCCUCCUGAAGAUCAUGCCCUGCAUCUUCAAUACCUUGUUGCCCUGAUCUUCAUCCCCUGUCCUCUCUAACACCUGCUCGGCCCCGCCAUGUUUAGUCUCUUCGUGAACAGCAAGAUCCUGUUUGCAGCAGUUGCGGGUGCCCUUCUGCUCAAGCAGAAGUUUACGACUAUUCAGUGGCUGGGUUUGGUGAAUCUGGUCUUCGCCUUGAUCGUAUCGAAAGUUCGAAUGCUCGGUGGAUCUGACUGUCCGGCGAAGGCGCUGUUGAGGAAUUUGGUAAUAUGGACGACAUGUGCGGAUUUUAGUAAAUUCCAGAUUUUCUUGGUAGAGCUAAGUAGUAAGUUGUACAAGAAAUACAACAUAGGCAUAGGCUUGUCCUCAACUCUUCAUCUGAUGGACCGCAACUACUCACCAGGCACAACGAUAAAUAGUCCACCUCUUUUCUUACGCCUCCUUUCAUCACUUUCGUCCUCCAUCGAAGACGCAAAUGGAAGUGCAGCAGAGCCGCAGCCGCUUGUCGACGACAGCAUUCUUUUCGCAGACCACAGUUUCCAGAGCGCGCAUUUCGGACAGAUCGCCGUUGAUGGUAUACAGAAGGUGAUAUCUUCUUUCGGAGGAAGCGCUUUUUUUUCUCCAAUGAUGGCAUUGCAGGCUUCGUCUGCAGACGAGAUCAUGGAAUCGUCGGGAGCUUCUGCUCGUUCGUUACAAGAAGGCGCAGCAAAGGCUACUGGAGAAGCUGCGAGGACAGGAGCUAAGGUUUGCUGGUGAAUCUAGUCAUUUAGAGGGAAACUAGUACAUGAUCAUUGAUCAAAGACAAAAACCACACGACGCUCCCGUCCUCUGUCCACGUCGUAGGGUAAAAAAAAAUGGAGAUGGAAGAUCCAAGUGUAAGAACUGGUGGGCUAUCUUCUUCGUACAAGAACAAUCUGCACGAGAACUAUCGUACCCUCUCCUACUACCCAGCUCUAAUGUACUAGCAUCACCAGCAGAGCAAUUUGGAGCAUUCUUUUUAGGGUUCAUUUGCGUGAUGAUCAUGAGCGUCGGGAGCGGGUUAUCCGGCGCGGUCAAUGAUUAUGGUGCGAAGGUGGAUUUCGGUGUCGAUCUUGAUGUGAUACUCGGACUAGAAUACAUCCUGGAGGAUGAAUCAUUUUCUUGUUCUUAACCACUGAGAAAAUGAAAAGAUUCUUUUAGAGGUAGGUGUAGUUGUUCGUUCUAGUAUUACGCAAGUUAGAGUCCUCACCACUGUGAUGAAGCAAGUUCUCAAGUUGCCAAAAAUCAUUGAUAUAGGCAAUAGAGGUGAAAAAAUAGGCAAUACUAGAGGUAUUGAUAUUGUGCUUGAUAUAAUAGGCAAUAGAGGUAAAAAUACAGGCAAAAGAGUAGGCAAUACUAGAGGUAUUGAUAUUGUGCUUGUGGAGUCUUCUAACACCCGUGGCUCCUGAAAGCCGUCGAUAGUGACGUUCCGCUGAUGCGCAAGAAUGCUUGGGGGUAUCAAUGGGGAUGCCUCCUCAAUUUUGUCGGGAUCAUCUUCUUUCAGUCAGGCAAGGACAAUCCGAUGAUGGGAGUUUUCGACGGCUUUUCGAUCAAGGUCUGGUUGAUUGUUAUGGCGAGGACAUGAUUGAAGAGGUUCUUCUUUUUGAGUGCAAGAGUUCGUUGGUGAUCUUUAUCUUCUAACAGGGGAGAGUUGACCUCAAGCACCCUCACUGUCUAUUCUACAGAUCAUGACCUGCGGUUUUCAGAAGUGGGGUUGAAGCUCUUUAUACAUCAGAUUAGUUUAUAGCACGCAUGGUGCAUGGAGUAGCAUGGAGUGCAUGGAGCGCAGAGCUUUAAGGGGCGCAAGAAGCUCUCCCUUUGGCUCCAUGCUACUCCAUGUGAUCCAGGCACUCCAUGCCGUGCGAGCUGUGAAACCUUAUAUAUAAAUUGCUCUGAUACAUUCACUCUAACAGGCUUUUCGUCAACGUUGCAUUGGGUCUUACGGUUAGCCUGGUGCUAAAGUACCUGGACAACGUUAUCAAGUGCAUUGGGGGCGUCAUGAUCAUUUUUGUCUGCGCUUUGGCGUCUUUAUGAAAAUCAAAAUCUACUUUCACGAAGAUCUUCACGUUGAAUGGUUCCGGUAUUUGGUAACCUGAUAUGAUUGUACAUGAUAAUUUUAAUUACCGCGUCACCUCAGCACCAGCACCACGCAAAUAAGAAAGUAUAACUUGUAGUUCGUCCUCAUCUUGGACUACUUUCUAAUGUCCGCCGUCCUUUUCGACCAGCCAUGUACCCCCGAGUUUCUCGUCGCCGCAUGCAUUUUCGGCAUAAGCAGCUACUUGUACAUCGGAGCGCACAAUAAGGUCUUGUUGGCGGCUCAACAGGCAGAAGAGGACAAGGCGGAGCAGCAAACAGGGAAAGACUACCUCUAUGGCACGCCAAGUCGACAUGAAUAUGGCACAGCUGUCGUGGUCUACUGAUGUUCGUUCUAUUUUAUAGUCCUCCUGAGGACUGAUACCUCCGUAUAUUAAUUGGUUUACAACUCUUCUAAGACAAGGACGAACAGAUGUUGGUCGUGGACGUGGAUAAAGCAGAGUUGCCUGACGACACCGCACCCUUCAAAGACGACGGUUCAUUGAAAAUAUUCGGUCGAAGGGAAGGGGGGCUUUGAUGAACGGUCUGGAAAAAUCACUCUGUACAACUUACUUAAUAUGUGCAUUUUUGCCAUUUUUGCAGUACAACUGUCAGCAAUUCUUAAGCGUCCGGUCCCUCUCUUAAAUCUAAGAUGUUGAAGUGAUGGAAGAGCUGCAGACCAGCAUGCUUUAUCGACCAUCGACGUCUUGGAGGAACUAAUGGUCCUCCUAAUUCCUGAGGUAGCAUAUUCAAAAUAUUCGUUCGGACGACCUGCUGCUCGUCCUCUGAUUUCUUAUUGUAUACUAUGGUCCUCCUGGUGCAGGUGGUGUUUUGUACUAAAAACUUACUAUUUCUCUUGACCACCAUCAUUUCUAUCAUCUACACCCAGCCCCGCCAGGUAAAGGUGAUGAUCCAUGUUGACUAUAUUUUUUCUAAAUUGAGGACUCGUCAUCAUUUCAUGUCAGCAAAACAAUAGAUUGUCUUCCAAAGAUAAGAGUUUGAAAUGUAAUUGAAUCUAUAACGUCAGCGUCAGGAAACUGCUUUAUUGUGUGACAACGAUAAAAAUUUUGAAGCGAU